GGCAGUGACGUGCCGGCCCGCGGGGCCCGCCCCCGCCCCACGCUUGGCUCUUCCUUUCUCGCCGACAUCUUGCGGAGCAGCGGCGGCCGCAUCAUGCCGCCCAAAGACGACAAGAAGAAGAAGGAUGCGGGCAAAUCCGCCAAGAAGGACAAGGACCCGGUCAACAAGUCCGGCGGCAAAGCCAAGAAGAAGAAGUGGUCCAAGGGGAAAGUGAGAGACAAGUUGAACAACCUUGUCCUGUUUGACAAGGCCACUUAUGACAAACUGUGCAAAGAAGUGCCCAACUACAAGCUCAUCACACCUGCAGUUGUCUCAGAAAGGCUGAAGAUUCGAGGCUCCCUGGCUCGCGCUGCCCUCCAGGAGCUGCUCAGCAAAGGACUGAUCAAACUGGUGUCCAAGCACCGAGCCCAGGUGAUCUAUACCCGAAACACGAAAGGUGGAGACGCGCCUGCUGCAGGGGAGGACGCGUAGGGAGGUUCUCCAGUGACUUCAUCAACAAUGCUUCAUAUGUAGAUGCACACAAUAAAAUUACUGAUUAUAAUUUUUCUUGCUUUUUCAA